ACACGCCAUUCACCAAUCUAGCUGGUUUCAUCACAAAGUAGUUCACAGUGCAUUCGCGCACAUCGUUGAACAAAUGCACUGCCUUCUUACAUACCUCAACAGCUGCAGCAGCAACCACCACCACUGUGCAACCGCAAACACAAACCAUUGUUACUUGCAUCCUUGCAACCCGCCAUCAUGUCCCGCUACCGCCUCAGCAAUGUUUUCAACGAUCAAUACGCGUACAACUACACCACGCUGCCAAAUCCAGACCCUGAAACCGAAUGCUUCAUCUGCAAGACGCCAUACUUCCCAAACGACGCAGAAGGCUGCCAAGCAAUCCAGCUCCAUCCCUGCGGCCAUAUCAUCGGACGCGAAUGCUUCGGUGAGUGGAUCAGCCGGGCACCGCAAUCAUGCCCGUACUGGUCACACCACCUCCCUCCCACUCUAAAGGCCUCGGCCUCAGAAGAUAGCCUUGAAGUCAAGUUUCUACGUUGGGUGGUGCAUACCCCAUGGAUAACUUCCCUCAACGACCACCACGACUUCCUCCUUGAGGUCCUUGACCACCUCGAGUGGCGUCAACACGCACUGCGUGCCGUGAAAGCGCUGGCUGAAGGUACUCUCACAGACGAGGACGUCAAUUUGCUAACCAAGGUUUCUCUCCUUACAUUCAUGGACCCAAUCUUUCGCCGUGGCAUAUAUGGAACCAUUUUCCUUUUCUUAGUGGGCCACCAUAUGCAACUUUACUUCGAGUUGUUAUACAAAUGGGCGCUUUUGGAAGGGUUGUGUGGUGGCAUUUGGAAAGCUAUUGUCGUGGUUUGGUGGUUGGGCGCAUUGCACGCGUACGCUUAUUCUACGAUUACGUGGUGGGUGUUGAAGUUGGGAGUGCGGCAGAGUAGUGCCAGUAAGCGAAUUGUGCUUGUAGGGAUGCAGAAGUAGGCUUGCAGGAUUUUUUGAUUUGAAAAGAAGUCUAGAAGAAAAGAAGGUGUGUAUGUACAAAGAUAUAGUUGUGAAGGUUACGGGGCUGCGUAGAUUCGAGAUCCCCAAAUUUUUGGAGGCGUUCACUGACGCUUGACGUACUCGACCGGACCAUCGUACUUGUCCUUUCCAAUAAGGUAAUAGUAACCCAUCGCAAAGACAACAAGAACCGCGAACAUGACUAUGGACCAGUUCAUGUCUGCCAGAGAAGG